UGGCGAUGAACUCGGGUAAAAGUGUGGCUGAGGCUCACAAACUUUCCAAUCAGAUUUGGAAAUUUGAGACAUGAGAGUACGGUACUGUUUUUUUUUUUUUUUUUAUCAACUCCAAGAUGCUUUGGUGACAUCACGCUGGCAACUGGAUUGUUUGGCCUUUGAGAGAAUAGCAAUGGCUACAACGGCCCUGACUGGUUUCUCCAUGAUGAGUCUUCUCAGUCUAGGAUACCUGACCUGGGAUUCAAAUGGUCCCAAUCAGGUGGAAAAAGAGCCAGGUCAGACCUUUGGUGCGGGGUCUCUGGGUCCAAAGCCUCCUCAUAUAAUCUUCAUCAUGACAGAUGAUCAGGGAUUCAACGAUAUAGGCUAUCACAGCUCUGAUAUAAAGACACCGGUGCUGGAUAAGUUGGCAGCUGAUGGGGUGAAGCUGGAGAAUUAUUACAUCCAGCCAAUAUGCACUCCAUCCCGAAGCCAAUUCAUCACUGGAAGGUAUCAGAUUCACACAGGCCUCCAGCAUUCCAUCAUCCGACCCCGCCAGCCAAACUGUCUUCCCUUCCAACAUGUCACCCUCCCCCAGAGACUACAGGAGCUUGGGUAUUCCACUCACAUGGUAGGCAAGUGGCACUUGGGCUUUUACAAGAAGGAGUGCCUGCCAACACGUCGUGGCUUUGACACAUACUUUGGCUCCCUGACCGGUAGUGUCAACUACUACACCUACAACUCCUGUGACGGUCCGGGCCUCUGUGGUUUCGACCUCCACGAAGGUGAGACUGUAGCGUGGGGUGAGAGGGGAAAGUACUCCACCCAUUUGUACACACAGAGGGUCCGCAAAAUUCUGGCAAGACAUGAUCCCAGCGUGCAGCCGCUCUUUCUCUACCUUUCCUUUCAAGCCGUUCAUACGCCCUUGCAGUCCCCGCGGGAGUACAUCUAUCCGUACCGAGGGUUGGGCAACGUGGCCCGCAGAAAGUAUGCUGCCAUGGUCUCUGUGGUGGAUGAGGCAGUACGAAAUAUAACAUACGCCCUCCGUAAGUAUGGCUACUAUCAAAACAGCGUCAUCAUUUUUUCUACGGACAACGGCGGACAACCACUGUCCGGCGGCAACAAUUGGCCACUUCGGGGGCGUAAAGGCACCUACUGGGAAGGUGGAGUCCGAGGCUUGGGAUUUGUCCACAGUCCUCUGUUGAGGAGAAAGAGGAGGGUGAGCAAAGCCCUGAUGCACAUCACUGACUGGUACCCUACACUUGUACGCUUGGCAGGUGGCAACGAGUCCCUUACAAAAGGGGUGGAUGGAUUUGAUGUCUGGGAUGCCAUCAGUGAGGGGAAGGAGUCUCCCAGAUUGGAGAUCCUACACAACAUCGACCCUCUCUAUAACCGUGCGCGCAGCGGCUCCUUGCAGAAGGGAUAUGGGAUUUGGAAUACAGCCGUGCAGGCCUCAAUCCGAGCUGGAGACUGGAAAUUGCUGACCGGAGACCCUGGUUACGGAGACUGGACACCACUGCAGGUGCUUCCGAGCUUCCCUGUCGGCUGGUGGAACCUUGAGCGGCACACUGAACCCAAGAAAUCAGUAUGGCUUUUCAAUAUCUCUGGAGACCCCUAUGAACGUUGCGACCUCUCAGAGCAGAGACCAGAUGUGGUCAAAGAGUUGAUGGCGAGACUGGUGUACUACAACCGUACUGCCGUCCCAGUACGGUACCCAUCAGAGGACCAACGGGCUGACCCCAGCCUGAAUGGUGGUGCCUGGGUUCCAUGGAUGGCUGAUGAGGAAGAAGACAGCCAGGACACAUUUUAUCCAAAGAAGAAUAUGGACUGGAAGAAAAAGAUUAAACUGUCUCAUAGCAGAUCAUUUUUCAAGAGACUCAACACUAGGAUCAUGUCCAACAGGAUAUGACUAUAUAAAAGCAAGACACAUGAAUAUCACAGAUUCAGGGCUCUAUUUUGGUAGAGUGGCAUGAGUGCGGUCGGCGCAACAUGGGCCUAACUUCAUAUUCUUGCUGACGGUUUCCCUCGCCCCAGACUCAUCCGACAAUUUGGUAACAAAGUAGCUUGCGCUUGGCCUAAAAAUGGCUGCAUCAUUAUUUUCUUGCCGAAUCAAUGGCCUAGUUCAUUCGAGUAGACAUGGUACACCUCACUGGGUGUUCCUGCCACCCCCAAGCAAAUUUGGUUACAAAAGGAAACUAGGUUUUAGACUUUCCAAAAGCUGGUCAAACUCCUGGCGCAAGUGGUGUACCGUAGGGAAGGAUUACACUGCCCACAUCACAUACACGGCUAACUACAUCAUCUGCAAGGCGAAAUCUUGCAGUUACCAAUGUCACGCACGGACCCCAGUAAGUCUAUUUCUGUUCCUGCAAUGUCAAGCACGGCAUACGUACUGGGCCUUUUGAAGAAUGGAAACAGUAUUGUAUAGAAUUGUCUAUUCAAACAUCAUUAAGAUGAUGCUCCUUUUGGCCAAAAGGCCCAUUGCCUUAUUGCGUUGACAGCAUUCAAUCGCUCAUAAUGUAUUUAAUGUUAAUGUUUGCAUUGUAGACUUAUAUAAUGUGUUACGUGUGUUUGGGCUGAAGACUUUGUUCUGUACUGCAUCUCUUUCGCAGUAUGGGAAGACUCUGCUACCUCAGAAAUGCUGUAUGUUUUACCUUCAGGUAGAUUGAUCAAUCUAAGGACAAAGUCACAGACAUUAGAAAUGUCUGCAAUAAAUUACUUUGCAAUGAGCUAGUUAGACUUAUAUUUUCAUGUUUCUUUUGCCAAACAUGGUUACUAUGUUUGUUCCUCAAUAUAUCAAUGUACUGUAUAGCUUCAAUUUGCUAUAGUGUGACGAAAAAAAAGAAAAAGAAAAAGUGAAACCACACAAUAUGUUAGAUCUAGAAAGUUAAACGAAUAUGAAACAUUUGAUGACAUAAGGCAUUUAUAUCAAAAUAAUGAUGAAAAUUUAUGGAUUUAGUCCGUGUUGUGAACAAAAAGGCUAGCAUCAAAUGUAAUUUUACAUACAUAAAUCUUAUGAAUCCAAUGUACAAUAAAGCAAACUUUAAGAAUGUG